UCUGCAUCCUCGCAGCUCUCCCUCUCUCCUCGCCCGCUGGGUGCUGAAGUUGGGCGGAUGGCAGCAAACCGGCUCCGCUAGAGGACCGAGCCGCCCAGCCCCGCUCCCCCGGACCCAUCGGCGCGCUGCCCACACCUCCAGGCGACCGGGGUCUCACUCUGUCACCCAGGCUGGAGUGCAGUGGCUCAGUCAUGGCUCACUGUAGCCUCAACCUCCCUGGGCUCAGGUGAUCUUCCCACCUCAGGAGCUGGGACUACAGGCUUUUCACAGUACAGUACUGCUGAUUGGCUGUUGAAAUACACAGGUUAUAAUUCAAGAGUCAUGGCAUUACAGUAAAACAGACACAACCUGGGGGAAAUUAUGACAUAAAUGGAAGGAGCAGCCAACUGGGUCCUGAAGUAGCUGCAAUGCGAAAAAGGCAGCAGUCCCAAAAUGAAGGAACACCUGCCGUGUCUCAAGCACCUGGAAACCAGAGGCCCAACAACACCUGUUGCUUUUGUUGGUGCUGUUGUUGCAGCUGCUCCUGCCUCACUGUGAGGAAUGAAGAAAGAGGGGAAAAUGCGGGAAGACCCACACACACUACAAAAAUGGAAAGUAUCCAGGUCCUAGAGGAAUGCCAAAACCCCACUGCAGAGGAAGUCUUGUCCUGGUCUCAAAAUUUUGACAAGAUGAUGAAGGCCCCAGCAGGAAGAAACCUUUUCAGAGAGUUCCUCCGAACAGAAUACAGCGAAGAGAACCUACUUUUCUGGCUUGCCUGUGAAGACUUAAAGAAGGAGCAGAACAAAAAAGUAAUUGAAGAAAAGGCUAGGAUGAUAUAUGAAGAUUACAUUUCUAUACUAUCACCAAAAGAGGUCAGUCUUGAUUCUCGAGUUAGAGAGGUGAUCAAUAGAAAUCUGUUGGAUCCCAAUCCUCACAUGUAUGAAGAUGCCCAACUUCAGAUAUAUACUUUAAUGCACAGAGAUUCUUUUCCAAGGUUUUUGAACUCUCAAAUUUAUAAGUCAUUUGUUGAAAGUACUGCUGGCUCUUCUUCUGAAUCUUAAUGUUCAUUUAAAAACAAUCAUUUUGGAGGGCUGAGAUGGGAAAUAAAAGUAGUUAAAUAACAUCAGAAACUGAGUUCCUGGAGAACUACAGUUUAGCAUUCCUCAGGCUACUGUGAAAACACAACCGUUAUGGUCUUUGUCUCCAUUUUUAUCAAGGUUUUCCAUGGUUAAGUUUGGAGAAAAUACCACACAAAACAAUGAAUUGCCAAAUUGUUUGUUUUAUUCAACACUCAUUCUACUUGCAAGCAAAGUGUAUUUGUAGUCCUAUGAACAGUCUCCUCGUGUAUCUCCAGAGACUGCAUGUGCAAAGUAAAAUGCUUCAUUUGCCACAUAGUUGUUGUAAUAUUUAAUCCAAUAGCAUAACUUAUAUCUGUAUGUAAGGACUUUUGUGCAAUAUGGUCUUAAGAAAUAAUUGCCAAAAAAAUCGGCCAUGGUUUGCAUUUUUUAACAUAAUGUAAGACAGAAAAAAAGCAAUUUUUACUAUGUAACACUGGUAUUCAACAUUCUAUAUACUGUGUUUAGUACACUAAUUUUGAAGCCAAUAUUUCUGUACAUGAAAAAGAGCUAUUUAUCUCUGUUUGUUGGAAAAUCCUAAUGGGGAUUCCUCUGGUUGUUCACUGCCAAAUCUGUGGCAUUUUCAUUUCAGGAGAGUUUACUAUGCUAAAAGCAAAAAACAAAAAAAAAAGGAAGAAGAAAAAAAGCACAAAACAAUUUGAAGAUAUCCUAUCUCAACGACAAAUCAAAGAGUGAUAUUGCUUUUAAUUGUAAUAGAAGAAAAUGAAUUUAUGUAUAUAUCAGAUGUCCAAUACUGUAAUUAAUUUAUUAAAGACUGGCUCUCCAGUUUUAAAAUGGUUGUGUAAAGUUAUGUACUUCAGCAAGAAAAAAAUAAUAAUCAGCUUGAUAACUUAGUUUUGGAAUAUAAAGAAAAGGACUUAAUAAAGGAAUGCCUACAUGUAGCACUGUAAAACAUUUUGAUGAAUAGCAUCUGUCCUGUGGCAUAUUUUCCUUGAAAGUGAAAUCCAAUGAAAAGCUAAGUUUUUACCAGGAAAAGUUUUAUAAGGGUUAUGAAGAAAAUAAUUCUCUACUUCAGACCUUAACUGUUUUCACAUAAUAUCUUAAGGAUGACAUUUUAAAGAUGUUUAAACCAAACUAUUAGUUUUCAUCCAUCAUUAAAAGGCAGUACAGUGCUCAAAUCUUCCAGCUGCCAUAUUAUUUUUUAUAAGUACACUAAAUCUUUACGACAAAACACUUGCCUGACAUUGUCAUGUACUUCUGACCUUCAAGGAAACAAUAUUCUGUCAUGCAUAAAAGUGAUAAUUAAAAUAAUCAGUGUCAUAUUUAUAUCAAAGUGUUACAUUUGAAUAUUAAUAUCCCCUGAAGACUAUUUUUUUAAUAUUAAACUGAAUGAAUAUAAUACUGAGUAACCUAAAAUGAAAGUUUUAAAAAAAUUUAUAUCCACUGAGAACACUGGCCUUAUAUUAAGGAUGAUAUUACAGUUACAGGUUUUCUUUGUCAUUUUUUUAACUACCUCUCAUUUUUUAAUUUAUUAAACAUAUUUUUUAAAAAAACAAGUUUGGGGGUUUCUUUUUAAAUUUAUUUUACUUGAAAGGUUGUCAUCAUAAGUUUCUUUUUCCAUAAACUUAAAACAUUUCAAAAAUUGUUUUUUUAAGCAAGUAUGAUUUUCUAAUUUAUAUAGAAUUCAGGAGACAUGAAUAAAAGGGCUAUUAUCUAUUCCCUAUGCAAAUGUUUUAACUGUUGCAGUGUUUGACAAAAUGGGAUUUUUAAAAAAUUGCGGAGUAGAAAACAAAAUAUUCUGUUUACACUGGCGUUGCUGACUAUCCUACCAUAUUCAGCACUUUUAAAUACGUUAUUUAUGAAACUGUAGUUAAAAUACAAGAUAGAAAAUAUUUAUAAUAAUCAUUUCUUUUAACAAAUGCCUGUGUUUUCUGAAAGUGUUAGUGUGUUAAGACAUUUUAUUCAUGUCAUUUAAAUACUAUUUGAAUAACAGUUUUCAGUAAUAUGUUGAAAAAAAGAUAGCUAUGAAGAUGUUUACAAAAAGUCAUAUUUUUUCCUAAAGAGUAAAGAAAAACCUAAAAGAAUCAUCACUUCUGUUGUGAAGUUCUAUUGUUCCUAAAUUAUUUAAUUUUUUUCUUGCUUAGAAUUGAGUUUAUUAUGCUACUAUGAUAUAUACACAUGUAUGGUGUAGUAUCAUAUUUGUUUCUGUGUUUGAGGCACAACAAAUUGGUGCACAUGACUAGAAAAUAUGUAAUAUACUGUGAUACACUGCAUGCAUCAAUCUUUUUAAAUGUAGACUUUAUAUUCUCGUUGUUACUAUAUAUGAUGGUGACCUGCUAGUCAUAAGUUAUCUUUAUAAGAUACUUUGGACUAUUAGAUGAAUUGUCUGUUUGACAAUAUCUUUAAUAUUUUACCAAAUGUAAAAGAUAAGGGCCCUUAUAAAGAGUCCUAAUCUCUAACCUGGGCAUUUGUAGAACACAGAUUUUAAAGUUGGUAUAUCCUUUUGAAACCUGAUUAGGAAGUUGUGUUAAAAAAGAUUCUAGAGCAGAUUUACACAUCAAAUGUUGAUAACCAUGCUAUGUGAGCAUUUCUGUGCUAAACUCAUAUUUUUGGGUGAGGGGAGGGUUUCUCAUUUAAGAGUAUGUCUGUAUAUUUGCAACUCUACUAAUUUUCUAAGUAUGAUAUAAUUUCUUCUGUUUAAGUUACAGAGCUAUUAUAAAUAAACAAAAGAGCCUUCAACUGGUGUCUAUGCUAACAUUCCAAGAGCACAAUAUUUGUUUUAUUAGAAUUUGAGUUUUCCUAGUGAGUAAAUUCCUCCCUGGGGAAAAAUUAGCACUUUAAAAUGGACACUUUGUGUUUUCGAUUGCCAAGGUAUCUUUGUAUACUAUUAGAAUUUGCUGAUGCACACAGAAAGAGAUUAAUGCACUUUCUGUAGUGCCUAACUUUAGAUGUAUCUAUAAAAGAAAGAAAGUAGAGGAUAUAGAUUAUGUAUAUAUAAAUAAAUUGGAGAGCCAGAUUUCUUCAGAGAUUGAUCUUGUACAUUAAUCACACCAGUAAUGGAUGGAUGGCACUUCUUUACUCGGGCUGUUAUUAUGUUAUCCAAAGGUAGUAUAGAUGCUCUGACAGUGUUAGAGUGUGCACAUGAACAACAAGAGCAAAACACAACUUUGAUACUAAAGUUAUGAAAUGCAGAAGUCAAGACCAUAAUGUGAUCUUUUUUUUUUUUUUUUUUUUGAAAUCUUAAAAUAUGUACAUAGACUGACCAGUUCUGAUAUGCGGUCAUAGUGCAUGGAUGUUUAUUAGUAUCCUUUAAUGCUGCCUAGGUUCUGACUUACAGAAUGAAAUAUGUGUUGUUUAUCUACCUGAUAGUUCAGUUUUGCCAAAGGACUAUAGGGAUAAGUGAAUACUGUUUAUUUAUUAGGAGCAAAAAUACAUUUUCAUCCCAUUAAGCUGAUUUAAAAUAAAGCCUGAUUUUUACUUUUGAGUUUAUCCAUUUUUCUGUACCUUUAACUUAUUUAUACUUUUAAAAAUCAUAUUGUAAUUGUGACAAAUUAUAUCUCAAAAAAUACCAAUUAUUAGAUGCUUUGGUGUUGAAAUGUAAAAGAGAAGGAAUUUAAAAUACAAUCAAAAAGUCAAAAAUAAAACGUAUUUGAAAACCACCUAAAAUUUCUUGGCCAGGCACAGCGGCUCAAGCCUGUAAUCCCAGCACUUUGGGAAGCCAAGGAGGGCGGAUCACUUGAGCUCAGGAGUUUGAGACCAGACUGGCCAACAUGGUGAAACCGACUCUAGUAAAAAUACAAAAAUUAGCCAGGCGUGGUGGUGGGUGCCUUUAAUCCCGGCUACUUGAGAGGCUGAGGUGGGAGAAUCGCUUGAACCCAGGAGGCAGAGGUCGCAGUGAGCUGAUAUCAUGCCACUGCACUCCAGCCUUGGCAACAGAGUGAGACUCCAUCUCAAAAUAAUAAUAAUUAUUAUAAUAAUUAUAAUAUUUUUAAGUCUUAGACAGAAAAUACCUAUAGAUAGAAGCCUAUCAAACAUGUAUUUUGAAUACUUUGAUCUUGACACAUUGCCUAAUUAUUUUGAAAGAUGGUAAAGAUAUUUCCAAAAAAUAUUUUUGCCUAUCUAUUUACAUUGACAGUUUACAACCAUAAUUUUCUAAGUAUAUUUUUCAAACAUGUAUUUUUGUGUUUUCCAUCUUCAAAUUUCUGACCAAUGGGUUUGUUCUCCUGCAAAAACAAUAUCCAAUCUGCAAAAAUUUUUAAUUCACUUGCUACAACUGCAAAUAUUUAUCAAUAAAACUGAUAACCCAAAACUAGCUUCAGAUUUUCUCUGCAGUGCUUAAAAUAUCCUUGCAACACAAGACAGUGCACAAUGACAAGUAUUAUUUCUAAAUACCCAGAUUUGAUUUAUUUAUAAGUAUUUUUAAAAUUAUUACUCUUACAGGUAUAGUCCUCUCGAGCCCCAAGUGACAUCUUUUCAGAUGAAUUCAAGGGGCUGUUCAAGACUUUGACUCUAAUGAAAACACUACAAAAGGCAAAGUGUUGCCCUAAGUGAUAGAAGGUCCCAGUUUGGGAACUGAUUUUAUUCCUAUGACAAAAGCUGUAAGAUGAGUAAGCUUACUAAUGGAAAUGUAUGUCCACAGAUUCACUUAGGGAGCAUAGUGUAAAAACAUCAGGAACUUAAAAUAAUAAAUUUGAUUUCAAGUUAUAUUUCUGUCUCAUGUGACUUUGGGCAAAUCAUUUAUCUUCUCUGAAUUCAUUUCCUCAUCUGCAAAUGACAAAUAAAAUACGUAAUUAACUAUGAGCAUUAAAUAAAACAAACAUGGAAAGAAUAAAGUGUGGCAUACAUUAUUAUUUUAUCAAAGUGCUUCACGUCGAUAAUUGUUAUUGUAUACUUGUAUUAAAUGUCAUAUUAAUGCACUUUCCCCUAUUUUUUUCCAAAACAUACAUUAAAUGUCUGAUUUAGCUACUCAUCAAAACAUACAAUCAUGUUUUAAGAUGGAACACUAUAUCAGUGUUAUUGCUUUUCUCAAUAAUGUGAUCCCAAAUCAGUACUUUGAGUUCACCAUCACCUCAAAUCUAUAGAAAUGUUUCUUUCAAUGACAUAGAUAGAUAGAUAGAUAGAUAGACAGAUAGAUAGAUGAUAGAUAGAUGAUAAAUAGAUAUACAAUUAUAGGUUAAAAUUAAAAUUUAAAUAAGAUAAAUCAUUUGAAAGUUUUAUUUCCAAAGGAAAUAAAACAACAUUCCCAAGGACAGAAAUAAUAUCAAAUUACUUGCUAAAUAUAUAAAUGAGUUAUAGGGCUAAGACUAAGUUAUAAGAGAUUGACAAUUAGAAAACACUUUUUAAUAUUAAGGUGGUAUGAUUUUCUUUAACAAUUUUACAAUGAAAAUAAAAACUUAAUAAAAGGUGGUAAUGGGCAAGGCACGGUGGCUCACGCAUACAAUCCCAGCACUUUGGGAGACUAAGGCGUGAGGAUCACUUGAGCCCAGGAGUUCCAGACAUGUCUAUGCAACAAAGUGAGACCCUGACUCUAAGAAAAACAUAAUGUAUAAAAUUUAAAAUAGUAAUGUGUCCAUUAAACCUUUUAUUUUAGAGUAGUUUUAGAUUUACAGAAAAACUACAAAUAGAGAGGUCCCAUAUACAUCUAUGGGUAUUAAUGAGCCAAUAUUGAUCAUUACGUUCAUACUUCAUUCAGAUUUCCUUAGUUUAUAACCUAAUGUCCUUUUUCUGUCCCAGGAUCCCAUUCAGGAUACCACAUUACAUUUAGUUGUCAUGUUUCCUUAGGCUUCCCUUGGCUGUGACAGUUUCUGCAACUUUCCUUGUUUUUGAUGACCGUUUUGAGAAAUAAACUGAUAUUUUGUAGAAUGUCCCUCUAUGGGGAUUUGUCUGAUAUUUUUCUCGUGUCUAGACACGGGUUUUUGGUUUUUGGAGGAACACAACGGUAAAGUGCCAUGCUCAUCACAUGAUAUCAAAGGUACAUGCCAUCACCGGGACUCGUCUUAGCUGUGACAGUUUCUCAAACUUUAGGCUACUCUUAGCUGUUGAUGUUGACCUUGAUCACUUAGCUGAGGUAGCAUCUAUUAUAUUUCUCCACUGUAAAGUAAUAUGUUUUUAAAGAGAUUAUAUUGAAGGUAAAUUUUCUGGACAUUUACACUGAGCUAAACAAAUUCUAAACACUAAUAUUAGGUUCCACUAAGUGAUUACUAAUAAAUGCUAUAAAGAAAAUACAGUGAAGUGGAAAAAUAAAACUCCAAAAGUCUUAGCCUGAAUAUUCACCUAAUAGAGGUGAAAGUGAACUUUUUCCCUUGAACUGUCUGCGCAAUUAAUUACAAUAAUCCUCCACAUACUUUGGAUAUUAAAGAUCUUAGUCUUACUAAUUGUCAUAAGAGGUAAUUUAAAUUUAAACUAACCAUUUUGCUUAUUGCAUUUUUAUAUUGCCCUCCACUAAUCAAUGAACACUGAAUAUUGAAAUAAUGUAAAAGACCUGAUAUAUUUCCCGCUAGCUUUAACCGAUUUGUCAUAAACACAUUUCUUGUAUAUGAUUUUUAAAUGUUUGCUAAAUAUUAAAAAGAAUUUCAAUGUGUUUGGUUUUGUAAAAUUACAUAUCGAAUGUGUAUAAUUUUUUACUACCAUGUUCAUCACACUUAAUCUAUAUCCAUAUAUUGUACUCCACCAAUAUUUAUCAGUGGACAAUAAAGAAGUUUUGAAUGCAUGAAUGCAACUUAAGAGGCACCACACUUGGUUAUUUUGCAAUGCCAGAAUAACGGUGGGUAUUCACAAAUUGAAUAGAUAAUCCAGAUUAUGUUUCCUCCAAUUUAAGUUUCUCUGGUUUUCUUAUUCCCCCCCUUCCUAGAAUCAAUUUUAUCAUUUUACCUAUGUACAAUAAUAUACUUCUGGAAAAUGCUAGAAUUUUCACCAUGUAACAGAAUUUGAGCAUGACAAUAAUGUAAAAAUAUUCAGAAGUCUCGAACUAUAGGUUUGAGUUUUCAAAGUAAAUCAAAAUACAGCUGUUUUCAUUUUACUAUAUUGUGGAAACCUAUGGAUGUUAUUGUAAAAUGCAUAUGCAUUAAACUGACUUUCUUAAAAUGUUUUGAAUUAAUAAAGAAUUCAACAAUG